GUCCCUGGUCCAAGAUGGCGGACGAAGCCACCCGACGCGUGGUGUCUGAGAUCCCGGUGCUGAAGACUAACGCUGGACCCCGAGAUCGGGAGUUGUGGGUGCAGCGACUGAAGGAGGAAUACCAAUCUCUUAUUCGGUAUGUGGAAAACAACAAGAAUGCGGACAAUGAUUGGUUCCGACUGGAGUCCAACAAGGAAGGGACUCGGUGGUUUGGAAAAUGCUGGUACAUCCAUGACCUCCUGAAAUACGAGUUUGACAUUGAGUUUGACAUUCCUAUCACAUAUCCUACUACUGCUCCAGAAAUUGCAAUCCCUGAGCUGGAUGGAAAGACAGCAAAGAUGUACAGGGGUGGCAAAAUAUGCCUGACUGAUCACUUCAAACCUUUGUGGGCCAGGAAUGUGCCUAAGUUUGGAUUAGCUCAUCUCAUGGCUCUUGGGCUGGGUCCAUGGCUGGCAGUGGAAAUCCCUGAUCUGAUUCAGAAGGGCGAGAUCCAGCACAAAGAGAAAUGCAACCAAUGAAGGAGCAGGCCACUGGGCCAAAGGACCUUUGAUAGGCUGCCUUCCUCUUUUCCUGUGCACCUUACUUAUCCGCCUGCUUCCCCCUACACCCUAUACCCCUAGUUGUUACUAAGUAGCUGUGGCAGGCCUAGCUGAAAAGAAAAAACAAAAACUAAAACACAGAACAGUAUUGCUACUGAGUAUCUAAGGCUGCACAGGGAAGAGACUGGACUGGGCCUUGGAAAAUCAAGAGGUAAUUUGUAUCCCUUCCCCAUGUGGAACAAUGUGAGACCCUGGAGGCACAGGAGAUAAAUGAAAGUACAUGCAUAGCCUUUCUGGUUUCUGGAGACAACCCAUCAAUAAAAGCUGCUUCCUCUGG